GGGGCCGGCCGGGGUCGGAGGUCACGGCGGCGUGGUUACCCGGAAACUGCCGCGGCCCAGAGCUGGAGCCGGAACCGGAGCCGGAGCGGCGGCCGCGACCUGGGCCUGUCAGCGUCCCGGGGCCCCGGAGCGGAGCGGGGAGCGACAGCCAGGAGCGGGCCGGGGGGAGAAUGGUGCAGAGGGGCCCGGCGCCCGCCCCGCUGCCGCCGCCGCCGCUGCUGCGUGUGAGCGCGGCCCGUUAGCGGAGCCUCCCGCCCGGCCCGGCCCGCCCGCCUACCCGGCGGCCCGCCUGCGGAGGGUGGAACUAAUGAGGAUGAUGUUGAACAUCAAUCCCUUGGAGAACCUGAAGGCCCAUAUCAGCAGCCGCCCUCCCCUCGUCGUCUUCAUGGUCAGCGUGAGCGCCAUGGCCAUCGCUUUCUUGACCCUUGGCUAUUUCUUUAAAAUAAAGGAGAUCAAGUCACCAGAAAUGGCAGAGGACUGGAACACUUUCCUUCUGAGGUUUAACGACUUGGACUUGUGCGUUUCGGAGAAUGAAACCUUAAAGCAUCUUCUGAACGACACGGCCACCUCAGAAGCUGCAGUGACCGGUGGGCAGGCCCGGUCAGCCACCCAGGCCCCUCAGGCUCUCGAGGACUCCGGCCCCACCAACAUUUCUGUCGCCAUCACUCUGACCCUGGACCCACUGAAACCCUUCGGAGGCUACUCCCGCAAUGUCACACACCUCUAUUCCACCAUUCUGGGCCAACAGAUUGGGCUUUCAGGUAGAGAAGCCCACGAGGAGAUCAAUAUCACGUUCACCCUGCCUGCGGCUUGGAACUCCGACGACUGUGUUCUCCAUGGUCACUGUGAGCAAGUGGUCUUCACUGCCUGUAUGACUGUCACCGCUGCCACCAACGUCUUUCCUGUUACCGUACAACCACCACAUUGCAUUCCUGAGACCUACAGCAAUGCCACACUUUGGUACAAAGUCUUCACCACCGCCAGGGAUGCGAAUACGAAAUACUCCCAAGAUUAUAACCCUUUCUGGUGUUACAAAGGAGCCAUCGGGAAGGUCUACCACACUUUAAACCCCAAGCUCACCGUCAUCGUGCCGGAUGACGAUCGGUCCUUGAUAAACCUGCAUCUCAUGCAUACCAGCUAUUUCCUCUUUGUGAUGGUGAUUACGAUGUUCUGCUACGCCGUCAUCAAGGGCAGACCAAGCAAACUGCGACAGAACAAUUCGGAAUUCUGCCCAGAAAAGGUGGCUUUGGCUGAAGCCUAGUCCCGUGAGUCCCCUUUUCUGAGCGACCGAAAGAGCCGCCAUCGUUGCCUGCUGAGCCCGGCCUGGAUCUGGACGCUCUGUGAAUAUAUUAUCUGGCAAUGUUGGGUUAUUCCAACCAAAGACGUUUCAAGUGCCUGUUCAUUGAUUUGUACAUAUUUAUAAAAAAGAAAAAGAUCUAUUCAGCAGCUGGUCAGAUGAUGCCCUCGCUCUGCACCUGGGUGCGAGCGGAACCUUUCAAUCUUUUACCUGUGGACUCAGCCCACCCGCCUUUGUGUAAGUGUGCCACGCCUGGAGGCGAGACCACGGCCGGAGGCCUUGGCAAAUGUCUCAGAGGACACAUGUCCCUUCAGAGGUGGCUUAGCUUUGGUUUUUGGCUUGGCCCGGCAGCAGCAGGCGUCCACUGGUGUUUGAGCUUUUACACCCCUUCCAUAGGAUAGCCCAUUUCCGAAGCCACUGAUCCGGGGCCUGGGGUCAGUGUGUUCUUUGUGGCUUCAUAAGGGUCGCAACAACAGUAGUAAUAGCUGUUCUCCACUUUGCUCUUUGCUUGCAAGGAAAGAUACCCGUCUCUCUUAGGGUUCUUCUUUUUCUUUUUGAAGAAAAACUAAACUACAUAUUCACAUGUUAAUAUUGCUGUAGUUAGGACAAACUCGUGCUUUUAUCCUGAGUAAAACAAACAUUUAAAAGGUGAAACCCUCUCGGAGUCAUCCCCAGGUUAAGUGCUAAGUUUCAUUUUCAUGUGUGGACUGUGGAUGGACGUGGCCUUGAGGGCUCCGUGGCAGGAUGCUUCCCAGGGGUUUUUUCCUUCCUUUCUUGGCUUUUUUCUCCUUUAAAAUGAAAAAGCAGCUUCCUUGUGCCAGGGAGCAGAGCCAUGUCCCACUCUGGCCUGAGGGGCAGAGAGGAAGUCUGGGGGACUGACCAAAGCAAGAAGAAAACAAGCCAAGAUCCUCCCUCCUCGUUUUCAUCCCAGGCAUCUUCAGGAAGCAGAAUAGGUUGCACCACCACAGCCCCGCUUGUGGGAUCUGGAAAUGGAGGCCAGCGGCUGGUCACUUGUCUUCCCAUCUUGCUUAUCCCAUGAUUCUGUGACUGUCUCAUUUCUUCUCUUGAUUUUCCUUCUCAUGGUGGUUUGAUUCUCCCCCUCCCCCCUUUUUAAAGAAUUUGUAUUACCUUUUCUAAUACCUGGCUCUUACGGUUCUUCUUCACCUGGUCUGCAAGAAGGGAGAGCAUUUUGUAAACUCCCCCACGUCUGAAAUGGGGCUGUCUUGAUGACCCUUCAUCUUUAAGGACCUUGUACGUCUUGCUUUUGGCCAUCCAGUUCAGGCCUUGCAGAUAGCAGCCCGUGUUCUUCCCUUUCAUGGGACCUGGAGACACUAGACCGCAGACUCCCCUAGAUGGAAAGCUGCUGCAGGCCUUCCCUCAGAAGCCUGGGAGGCAGGCCCCCCCAGGGACCUGGCAUUUCAGCGUUUCUCUCGAGGACGUUUCAAGCACAACAAUCCUAUUUUUCUGAUGGUGUUUUUUUCUGUGUGGUCUUUGUUGCUGACGUGACGCAUGGGUAACAUAUUGAAUGUAGUUUUCUUUCUGGAGCCCUUGAGCCCCAGACAGGAGCAGAUUUGGAAAUCACUUGGGCUCAGUUUCCCAAAAUGUCUUAUACGAAGAGGCUUCCAGAUCUUAGCUGAAGCUGCUACUGACUUAGAAUCCUGAUGAAGUGAAGCGGUGUGAAUAGAUUUAUAGCUGGGGGGGUGUCUGUCUGUGUCCAUGUGUGUGUGCGCGUGUGUGUGUGUGAGUAGGGGAUACAGCUGAAAAACAAUUCUUUUUCCUGAUUUGUUCUGCUCUCAGCUCGUCAUGUAUAUAUAUGUUGCUGAUCCUUGAUGUUUUAGUUGAAGGGAGUGGGGUUGGAUGGGGAACUGAUAGCCAAGGGAAGAAAUGAAGUCAAGAAUGGUGCUAGAAAGUGCCAAAAAUGCCCCAAGAACAUACCUUAGCUUAUGGUAAGAUUGGAAAAUAACAGAUCUUCAUCAUUUAGUCAUGCAAGCAACUGUCAGCAGGCAGAGGCCCAAAGUGUAGCAGGUUGGAGAAGACGUGCCACUGAUGUAUGUGAAAGGCAGGGAGAAGAAGCCACUCCUGGGCCAGGAUCGAGGUCUUGAGAAGUAGAGCAGCUUCCUUGGAAGGCUCCCAAAGUCAAGGGCGCCAUUCCUACCAGAGGAUUGGCUUUCCACGCUGGCCUGUCCUCCUCGGGACUUGAUCCGGGUCUGUCUGUGGGUGUUGGGGUUGGCUGUGCCCCCCGAGGGCUCCUUGGCCUGGCUCUGAUGCGUCAGACGGAAGGUCAAUGACAUAAACGGUAGAGUGGUUGUUUCAGAUCAUAUUGAUCUCUCCUUUUCGUCCCCCUUCACCAUAUGACUUGAAUCCGUCUCGAUUCUCUUGGUAAGUGUUUUUUUUCCUGUAGUUAGUGCGUCCCGUAGAGUCAGCCUUGGCUGUUGGCCCUCCUUCAGGUCUCGGCUGAGAUGGCCCAGGGAUCCUGUUCACUUCUCUUGUUGCAUGAUCCGGUAAUGGCAUUCUCUGCUAGGUUAAUUUUCUGUGUUUGUAAGACAUGCAUAUAUGCUUUACACAAUAAAAACAUCAGCGUUUA